GUCGCGGUGGAACUGCCCUACCAUCUACAAACUUGGCGCUUUACGGUACCAGGUUUGCUGAGCUGGGAGAUGUCGGCUGCGGGCAGGGCCGAGCCCGUGGGCCCUCCCAGCAGCUUUGCGAAGCGGGUCCUGGUGACCGGCGGUGCUGGUUUCAUUGCAUCCCAUGUGAUUGUCUCUAUGGUAGAAGAUUAUCCAAACUAUAUGAUCAUAAACCUAGACAAGCUGGAUUACUGCGCAAGCCUGAAAAAUCUUGAAACCAUUUCUAAUAAACAAAAUUACAAAUUUAUACAGGGUGACAUAUGUGAUUCUCACUUCGUGAAACUACUUUUUGAAACAGAGAAAAUAGACAUAGUCCUACAUUUUGCUGCACAAACACAUGUGGAUCUUUCAUUUGUCCGUGCCUUUGAGUUUACGUAUGUUAAUGUUUAUGGCACUCACGUUUUGGUAAGUGCUGCUCAUGAAGCCAGAGUGGAGAAAUUUAUUUACGUCAGCACAGAUGAAGUCUAUGGAGGCAGUCUUGAUAAGGAAUUUGAUGAAUCUUCACCCAAACAACCUACAAAUCCUUAUGCAUCAUCUAAAGCAGCUGCUGAGUGUUUUGUACAGUCUUACUGGGAACGAUAUAAGUUUCCAGUUGUCAUCACACGAAGCAGUAAUGUUUAUGGACCACAUCAAUAUCCAGAAAAGGUUAUUCCAAAAUUUAUAUCUUUACUACAACACAACAGGAAAUGCUGCAUUCAUGGAUCAGGGCUUCAAACAAGAAAUUUCCUUUAUGCUACUGAUGUUGUAGAAGCGUUUCUCACUGUCCUCAAAAAGGGAAAACCAGGUGAAAUUUAUAACAUUGGAACCAAUUUUGAAAUGUCAGUUCUCCAGCUUGCCAAAGAACUAAUACAGCUGAUCAAAGAGACCAGUUCAGAGUCUGAAAUGGAAAACUGGGUUGAUUACGUUAAUGAUAGACCUACCAAUGACAUGAGAUAUCCAAUGAAAUCAGAAAAAAUACAUGGCUUAGGAUGGAGACCUAAAGUGCCUUGGAAAGAAGGAAUAAAGAAAACAAUUGAGUGGUACAGAGAGAAUUUUCACAACUGGAAGAAUGCAGAAAAGGCAUUAGAACCCUUUCCAGUACAACCACCAUUGGUAUAGUCAGGACAGUUUUCAGAGAAAGAAGAAAAUUAUCCUACCUCGACAAGUGAUAUGAAAUCAAGCAACCAAGUCAAGUGUCAUCUUUUCAUUUGAAAUUAGAUUAUGACUUUUUGUGUAAAACUGAAAUGUAAAAUGCCUCAGUUUUUAGAAGAGGCUCAGUAUUAGCAUAAGAUUUAAAUAUCAAAAUUUUCUCAGAAACCUUUUCUUCUGAAAAUUGAGAACCAGUAGGCAUAAAGACUCCUCCAUAGGUAUGGGCCAGGAAGAAGGAAUCUCCUGGUUCUGAGAACAAGGACAGGUAAUAGCUCUGGGCAUGUGACAGCCUUUGCUGACAUUGAACUCAGCUUCCCAGGCUUUCCCACUGCCUAGAAAGUCUCUGAAGUUUUUUAGGCAAUAUAGGAUGAGCCUCAUGCUCUAAUUAUCUUUUUAAGGUCCAGUGUCGCGCUACAACUGCUUUAAAAAUGAAAGAAAUGGAAGCAUAUCUAGCACUUUUUUAACUUUUGAUAAUUUUGUAAAAUUAAGUUAAAUAUUUUUUAAAAGAAGGAUGUAGUUUUUAUAUUUUCAAAAUCAGUCAUUGAACUAUAUAAGUAACCUUGUAUCAGAGAAAUUUUAUCAUGUAUUUACUGUUUAAAAUAAGUUUAUUUAUAAAAUUAUCAAUAUUUUAAUGUAUUUAAUGUAUAAUGUGGCUUUUUAAAAAAUAAUGUAUGUUUUUGUUUUGCUGUAAAAAAUUUUUAAAAGUACUUGAUUACCAUGUAUUUUUGAUUCCUCUCUCCCCUAAAGACUUUAAGAUGAUCUGAAAAGGUAACUGAUUGGAUGUUACAUUGAGAAAAGGAAAAGACUGUGCCCAGCUUUCUGGCUUCAGCGUGUGAGUGGUGGCUUGUUUUCUCUGUGGAGUAGGAUGCAGGGUUAUUAACUCAGAGGUGAUCGAGGAAGGGCAAUAGGAGUGGAGGAAGGGCCUUGGGAUGUGAAGAUUGGGAAAAGAGUAGUAAGCAGAUCCAGAAUUAGUAAGGGGAUUUGCCAAACAGGAAUGAAACACAAGCUGAAAUUGAACACUGUAAUCCAGAAUUCUGAUACGUGUCAAAAUAGAUUGAGCCAGAGCUGGGCACAGCAUGAGGGGCAAGGACUAGAGACCUGAGUGAGAGCGACCGAAGUGAUGGUCCCCUGGUCUUAGUUGUGUCGGGAGGAAGUGCUUCUUGGAGGUAGCUUGUAGCUGUAGAGAAAAUGGAGGGGGGAGACGGCCGAAAGGAGCAGGGGUAAAAGCUCAGGGAGGCAACUGUAGGAAGUUACAGGCAGAAAAUGGGACCAACUGAGAGCAAAUAGUCUUUGAUGGAAUUUGGUCAUUGAGGGUCGAUGACAAAAUAAAAACACUUAUUUUGUGUCA